AUGGCUGUACAAGCUCCCACAGUGAUUUCCAGCAGUGUUAUUGAAGAAGUCUCUCCAUGGCAGAACCUAGGACCUGCCCAGCCUGCGAGGAAAGUGGCCCAGCCCCAGCAUCUGGUUCCAGAUGGACACCUUGAGAAAGCCCCGGAGGGAAGUGACUUUCUACAGAAAUUGGCUGGCUUUCACAUCGCCAUUGCUUUUGCACACCUGGCCUUUGGUGGAUACCUGGUCUCCACAGUCAAGAAUCUGCACUUGGUGGUAUUGAAGUGCUGGUAUCCACUCUGGGGAACUGUCUCUUUUCUCAUUGCAGGGAUUGCAGCCAUGGCAACAGUGACAUUUCCUAAGACCUCUAUGAAGACUCUCUGUGUGAUAGCAAACAUCAUCAACCUGUUCUGCGCCCUGGCUGGCUUCUUUGUCAUUGCCAAGGACCUCUUUCUGGAGGGUCCUUUUCCAUGGCCAAUCUGGAGACCAUACCCCAACUCCACAUCCUACAUCCAAAGACUAGAGCUGACGAUGCUCUGCUUCACCUUCCUGGAGAUCUUCCUGUCGGGGCCCACAGCCAUUACAGCCUAUAGGAUGAAACGCCUGCACGCAGAGGACAAGGAUGACACCCCACUCAUUCCUGACACACCUAUGGAACUUAAAGGUCUAUCACUGGGACCACCAUCCUAUAAAGAUGUGACUAAAGAUUAAGGCUGAAUUCCUGCAGUGCCAAGUCCAUUCCCA